CCACCACCAAGAACAAAUUUUCUUUCUUUUCUUCUCAUUCUUGAAUAUUCAUUCUUGAAUAUAUAUACAAUUAUAAUGGGUAUCAGAAAAUCGAGCAAGCUUCCGCUACAAGCGGCGGUGCUGAAACAAAUUGUGAGAAGAUGUUCGAGUUUGGGGAAGAAACACGGGUACGAUGAAGAGGGACUGCCGGUGGACGUUCCCAAGGGUCACUUCGCGGUUUACGUUGGGGAGAACAGAACAAGAUACAUCGUACCAAUCUCGUUCUUGAGCCACCCGGAGUUUCAGUGUCUCCUCCAACGCGCCGAGGAGGAAUUCGGGUUCGACCACGAUAUGGGCAUCACUCUCCCCUGCGAAGAAGUCGUUUUCAGAUCUCUAACCUCCAUGCUUCGAUAGACAGUUAGCAACGUUUGCAUGCAUGAAUCCGAGGACGACGACGGAAUUAAUAAUUAUUAACGUUUGCUGCCGGCGGUUCAGGGAAUAUAUAUAAUGCUCUCUCCAUCUGCAACUUAAUUACUUUAGUUUCUAGCUAGCUAGGUUUAUGAUUUCUUAGCUUGUUUUUUUAACUCAUUUUGGGUCAUGGAUUAAUGACCUGACCUCAGCUCGAUCUAACCCGAUCGAUCCAUGAAAUGUUGUCUUUUUCAUGGGUUUAGAUUUGUAAGAAAUGUACUAGUUUUUUUCCCUGGUGGUGGUGUGUUUCAUGCGCCCUUUGGGAGAGUUAAUUAAUGUCAUGCUUUUAAUUUGCAAGCUAA